CAAAAAAAAAAAGAAAAGAAAAAAAAGGGGGCCGGCGUCGUCUGGUUCCUUUCCGAAUCUGCGAGACGUAGCUUAUCAUUUGCACGAGAAGCCGACGAAGCUUCUACUCAUCGUGUAGAUUGUGCGGUGGUACGAGUAGGAGUCGCACUUUUAUGUUAUAAUGGCAGCUGUUCGGUGCAUCCUGCGGACUGCGCUUCAGCAUUCCCUCUACUUGAAACACAGUGUCCUCAAACCCUUGCAGCCAUGUGCUGUUUCGUCCCGGUGCUUCAGUUUGAGUCCAUCAUCAAAAGCCGAGCGAAGGUUUUCAGAGAAACAUGAGUGGGUCAUAAUGGAUGGAGAUAUUGGUACAGUCGGCAUCUCGCAGCAUGCACAGGAAGCACUUGGUGAUGUAGUCUAUGUUCAGCCACCAGAUAUUGGCAUGGAACUUGCACAACAUGAUGAAUGUGGUGCCAUUGAGAGUGUUAAGGCUGCCAGCGAGAUAUAUACACCUGUUUCAGGGAAAGUCACGGAGAUCAACAAAGCACUUGAGGACAAACCAGCACUUGUAAAUAGCGACUGUUAUAAUGAAGGGUGGAUAUUCAAACUGAAGGUGAAGAAUACAGAUGAAUUGAAGUCCCUCAUGGAUGAGGAGGCCUACCAGGAAUUUCUAAAAUCUAGUGCGUGAAAUAGUGGGUUGCCCCUGUAAAUUGAUGCUGUAAUUUUGUACGAAGAAAGAAAUCUUUUAAAGACUUGUUUAUUCGUCCACAAAUUUUUCAUGCAUGAUGUGGUACAUGAAAUGUAUUAUGAUCCCAUAGGCCAUUAGGUUAAAUAAAUAACAGCUGAAAAGCCCA